ACACACUUGUUAGAUAUGACAGAGGAAGAUGGUGAUUACCGACUGCACGACGUGCCCCUCUUUCUAGAUAGAUACAAGGAUAGGUUCACAACUUUUCCAAAGGAGAAAGGUUGGAUGACUGAUGACCUAUACAUGUAUCAAGGCUUUUGGUUCCAAUCUGGUAACGGGCUCUCAAUUAUGACUGCCAUCGCAGCACAAGACCAGUUUAAACCUCUUCCAAGUGAUAUCUACUUGGCUACAUUGCAAAAGUGUGGCACAACAUGGCUCAAGGCUCUUGUGUUUGCCAUAGUAAACAGAAACCAUAAUUACCAAAUUAACGGAUCAGAUUCCAGUAACCCUUUACUCUUCAUUAAUCCUCACAAACUUGUGCCCGACAUCGAAAUUGAAGUCAUACGAAUGAAUCCUACUUAUGCCGAGGGUCAUUCACCCCGUCUCUUUUCUACCCAUACACCUUACACUUCACUCCCCGAGAACAUUGUUAAUUUUGGUUGUCGCAUAGUUUACAUGUGUAGAGACCCUAAAGACGUUUUAGUUUCCUUGUUUUACUUUGCAAACAAGCUAAGAGACACGUCGCGUGGUCUAAUGACAAUUGAGGAGGCAUUCGAGAUGUUCAGUAAAGGUAUCAGUCCAGGUGGACCGUAUUGGGAGCAUAUGAAAGGGUAUCGUAAGGCCAGUUUAGAAAAUCCAUCUAAGAUUUUAUUUUUGACAUACGAGAACAUGAAAUCGGAUACUGUGAAUAAUGUGAAGAAUCUUGCGGACUUCUUGGGCUACCCUUUCACUGAAGAGGAAAAGUCCCGUGGGGUGAUGGAAGAGAUUGUGAGCUUAUGCAGUUUUGAAAAGUUGAGUGCGGUCAAUAAGCAUGGUGAUUUAGUCCUUGGUAUGCCAAAUAAUGUGUUCUUUCGGGAAGGUAAAGUUGGAGACUGGACCAAUUAUCUCACACUUGAAAUGGGCCAAAUUUUGGAUCACAUUACCAACAAAGAGUUCCACGGUUUGGAUAUUUCUUUCUAAUUAAAAUGACUCUAUAAGUUUUGAUUACAUUGUAUGA